UGUAAAAGUUACACAUGCCAAAACAAAAUAAAAAUGAGAAAGGAAAGUUAAUAUAUGCAUGCCAAAAAGUGACUGGGAUGAAUCUCUUUAAGAGGUGGGGAGGUUGAUCUCUCAUCUUUAUGUUCUACAAGGGAUAAAAUUAUAUAUUUGGAAUUUCACCUUUACUAAAAGCAAAGCAACCCAUUCUCUCUCUCUCUCUUUCUCUCUCUCCAAAAAAAUUAAAAUAAAUACUCUUUUUCUUAAUUCUCAUCUUUUUUUUCUCCGUUUAUUUUGUUCCUACUCCGAAGAAAUCGAGAGAAGAGAGGAUUUUCCAUAUCAGAUUAAAAGCUUCAGCCCCUAGCCAUGGCAGUGGCAAUGAAGAAGCUGGUGGCGGUUCUUACAGUGGCAUUUGUUUUGAGAACGGCGGUACCGGUUGCCGAAGUGGAAACGCACCAUGUGGUUGGCGGCGACAGGGGAUGGGACGUCGAUUCGGACAUCGGUUCUUGGUCGGCCGGAAGAACAUUCAGAGUGGGAGACAAAAUUUGGUUCGCAUACUCGGUGGCACACGGUAACAUAGUGGAGUUGCAAAGCAAAGAGGAAUAUGAAGCGUGCAAUGUAAGCAAUUCCAUGAGGAUGUAUAGUGACGGCAUAGACAUCGUUGCCUUAAAUGGAGAAGGAAUUCGGUACUUCGCUAGUAGCAAAGCAGAGAACUGCAAAAAGGGCUUAAAACUCCACAUACAAGUGCAAGGCCAGGCCCAAGCCCAAACCACAAACGACGUGUCAGAUAAUGAUUCGGAGGCAGUUCCACCCACUCCUUCAACCUCUUCUCCACCCUUCACUCCCCUUUCUUAUCUCACUCUCACUCUCUUGCUUCUCUUGCUUCUUGGCCAUGCCUCUUUUACUUAAUUACUAGAUCACAUCAACAGUUUGGUUCCUUUUAAUAAAAUCAUGUGUUCUACUUGUACACCA